CUGAAACUCAGCUCUCCCCUUUUUACGCCAGACGCCGGGAGGAAGGCCCACGUCUGGCUUCCGUCUCCCGGCAGCCGGCUGGUCUUUGGCACGGAGUUCCGCGAGGCCAACCAGCCGCAGGGCAGCAUUGCCUUCACGGCAGGCUUCGACCCAGACUUCUGCAAGUUCUGGGGCGAGGCUGAGUAUGACCCCUCCCUCGCCUCCUUAAAUCAUCAUCGCAGGUGCCCGCAUGUCAACCACCAAGGCAAGGGCAUUUUCAGUGGCUGCCCCCUCUCUCUGGAACCAGCUCCCCAGGAAAGCUCCGGCUUCCUCCGCGUCACAAGCCCACCAGCCCAUAAAGUGGUCAACACUCGCUACAGGAUAGUGAAGAGGACCGCGGCUGCUCCUUCGGGAGCCGCAGCAUCGUUCGGUAGCCCUGCUCUUGGCUGGAAGUCCAGGCGGCUCUCAGCAUCCAGGUCUCUGGUGCUGAAUCGUACCCAUCCGUCACCCCCGGGGAGCAAGUCCCCAGCUCUGCCGCAGCAGCAGCGAUGGAGGAGCAAAGGCCUGCGCUGCAUCGGAGGAGUCAUGUACAGAGUGUCGGCCAACAAGCUGGCCAAAACCUCCAGCUCCCCGGCCAGGGGCAGUGAACUGACCAGCCGGAUGCAGGCUCGGACAGCACGACUCGAUUUUGCACACAGCAGCCCUGGCUACACUCCACCCGGUUGCCCCAGCAGAUCAGCCACCAGCCGAUAUAUCGCAAGCCGGGCCGUCCAGCGCAGCUUGGCCAUCAUUCGGCAGGCGAAGCAGAAGAAGGAGAAGAAGAAAGAGUACUGCAUGUAUUACAAUCGCUUUGGCAAAUGCAACCGCGGCGAGAACUGCCCCUACAUCCACGAUCCGGAAAAAGUGGCCGUCUGCACAAGGUUUCUCCGGGGCACCUGCAAGAAGACCGACGGGACGUGUCCGUUUUCGCACAAAGUUUCGAAAGACAAGAUGCCCGUCUGCUCCUAUUUCCUGAAAGGGAUCUGCAGCAACAGCGAUUGUCCGUACAGCCAUGUCUACGUCUCCAGGAAAGCAGAAGUGUGCCCGGACUUCCUCAAGGGCUACUGUCCGCUGGGAGAGAAGUGCAAGAAGAAGCACACCCUGGUGUGCCCAGACUUCUCCAAGAACGGAGUCUGUCCCAAGGGGUCCCAGUGCAAACUGCAGCACCUUCGGCGGAAGGGCCGUGCCUGGCAGACCAGCCCCGGAGACCCCUGCCAACAUGAGUGUUCGGCGCCAAAGCAGGCACGCCUUGCGGAGCAGAGAACAGGGACGGAGGAGGAGCCUCCCGGGCCUUCGUGCGCAGAGCCGGAGGGAGGCGUCUGGAGCCGCAGGGCCCCCUCGCAAACCAGCAAGCUGAGCAAGCUGCCCUCCUUCAUCUCCCUCCAGUCGCCUUCCACCUCUCCCGCCGAGGAAGAACGCAAGCCGGAGCGAGACAAGCCCAGGGAGGAAGCAGGUUUCCCGUUUUUACUUAACAAGCCAUUGGGGCAGCGGGAAGUCACAGAUCCGGCCCUGCGGCCCGUAGACUGUGGGGCAGCCGCCGCCAGGCAGAGGCCAAGCAUCCGCUUGGUCGUGGCCAACUUCGGCAAAGACCCUCUGCCCAAAAGUGGUGUUGCUGGCUACGGCUUCUCCACCCCGUAA